AUGGAGCCGGGCCGCGCCGUGCGCGUCCUCCCCAGCUGCAACCGCGCCUUCCACCAGGACUGCGUCGAUCGGUGGCUGGCCAUCUCGCCUGGGUGGCCGCCCUGCUCAGCCGCACGGUCGAGCUCGUCCGGCCGGACAGCGCCAUGUCCGCCUCCUGCAGGACCAUGGUGCGCGCGCUCUCGCACUUGCCUGUGCGUGGCCAAGGAGGACGGCGGCGAGUUCGCGUGCAAGUCCAUCCCCAAGCGCAAGCGGCUGGCGCGAGUUGGUUCGGCCGCGCGCGCUGCUCUGCUGCUGCCGGUGCUCAUCAAGGCGGGCGAGCGACGGGGCACGGCGAGUCGCGCGAGAUGGCGAGGACUGCGGCGGGAUCAUCGUGGCGUCUUCCUUGCCUCGCCGUCGAGCUAG